UCUCUCUCUGCCAGCAGUAAACAUGGCGGUGGGGCCGAUCCAUUAUGUGUGAGGAGGGGGGGGAGGCAUGUGUUCGGGCGCCGCGCGUGACGUCACCGCUGUGUUGAUUUGCUAACCUUAAAGAAGAGAGGAGCUAGUGAGCAUGAGAGCGGGCAGUGUGAACUGCUGGAGCCGGCUGCCGCUGCGGCUCUGACGGCGCACCUCCUCAUACAUGCCUGCGGAGAGAGCCGGGGGACAGCACACAGGUCCAUUGGUUUCCGAGUUUGGCCCACCAUAUCAAGCAACAGAUAGACUAAUGACUAGACCCCAGGAGAAUUAUGGAUUUGACUAAUAUGGGUAUGAUACAGUUGCAAAACCCCAAUCACCCCACGGGGAUUCUCCUGAAAGCCAACCAAAUGCGGUUGGCGGGGACGCUCUGUGAUGUGGUGAUCAUGGUGGAUACUCAAGAGUUUCAUGCCCAUAGGACAGUAUUGGCUUGUACUAGUAAGAUGUUUGAAAUACUUUUCCACCGUAGCAGCCAGCAUUACACAUUGGACUUUUUGUCGCCAAAGACUUUUCAACAGAUUUUGGAGUAUGCUUACACUGCCACUCUGCAGGCCAAGGUGGAAGAUUUGGAUGACCUCCUGUAUGCAGCUGAAAUUCUAGAAAUUGAGUAUUUAGAAGAGCAAUGUCUGAAGAUUCUAGAAACUAUUCAAGCUUCAGAAGAGAAUGAUGGUGACCUUUGUACAAGUGAGAGGGCCAUGGAUGACGAAGAAGACAGAAAAUCGAGAUUUAUUAAAAACAUGUUGAACGCAAAGCAUUCCAGUGAAGAAAGUGGUUAUGCCAGCAUGGGCAGUCAGAGCUUGGUGGAUCAAAGUCCAUCAGUGUCAACGUCCUACGGACUUUCUGGUAUGAGCCCAACCAAGACUGCUGUAGAUAGUUUAAUGACCAUUGGUCAGUCAUUGCUCCAAGGAGCACUGCAACAAAAUGCACUAGACUUGCACUCCACCGGCAGACUUCAAAGUCUUGCAGAGGUGAAAACAGAAGUCAUGCAGGUUGAUGAAGGCACCAACCAUGCUAGCCCAACUGCAGAAUCCAGUGCAUCUGGUGGAGACAAAUCCGAUGAAAAGGCCAAGGAGAGUCCAGGAACCCCAACCCGCAGUAGUGUCAUCACAAGUGCUCGAGAUCUGAGCUUUAACCGUGAUGAGAAUGCUCCUGAACAGUCUUUGGAAUUGAGUCAAGGUUUUACCCUUGGACAAGAUCAUGCAAUUUCCCACGCAGAGAAGCAUCUUAGCGUCUACUCCGUCCUACCAAACCAUAAGGGUGAAACGAUGCUUACUGUGCCAACAUCUAUGGCUUCUGCUCUUCACAUGCAACCAGCACUGGCUGUAUCAAUGGACUUUAGUGCUUACGGUGGACUUCUUCCCCAAGGCUUCAUUCAGCGAGAGCUGUUUAACAAGCUAGGUGAAAUUGCCGCUGGGAUGAAGAACGAUGGUAGAAAUAUGAGUGAGCGAUGCAGUGUGUGUGGAGCAAACCUUCCAGACAAUGACUCCAUUGAACAUCACAGGAAGCUGCACAGUGGUAUGAAGACGUACGGCUGUGAGCUCUGUGGAAAGAGGUUUCUGGACAGUUUGCGACUUCGAAUGCAUUUGCUGGCUCAUUCAGCUGGAGCCAAAGCCUUUGUAUGUGAGCAGUGUGGAGCACAAUUCUCUAAGGAAGAUGCAUAUGACGCCCACCGGAGGACGCACAAUGGCUCUGAUAUGGCUGUGUUCUGUCUCCUCUGUGGGAAACGUUUUCAGACUCAGACUGCUCUCCAGCAGCACAUGGAGGUCCACGCAGGAGUGAGAAGUUACAUCUGCAGUGAGUGCAACCGGACUUUUCCUAGCCAUACCACACUAAAACGCCACCUUCGCUCUCACACAGGUGAUCAUCCAUAUGAGUGUGAAUUUUGUGGAAGCUGUUUCCGGGAUGAAAGCACACUGAAGGGCCACAAGCGGAUCCACACGGGAGAGAAACCGUAUGAGUGUAACGGCUGUGGGAAAAAAUUCAGUCUAAAGCACCAACUGGAGACACAUUACAGAGUUCAUACAGGUGAAAAACCAUUUGAGUGCAAAUUAUGCCACCAGCGUUCACGAGAUUAUUCUGCCAUGAUCAAACAUCUCCGAACCCACAACGGAGCCUCUCCUUACCAGUGUACCAUCUGUCUGGAAUACUGUCCCAGCCUAUCUGCCAUGCAGAAGCACAUGAAGAGCCACAAACCCGAGGACAUCCCUGCUGACUGGAGAAUCGAAAAGACCUACUUGUACUUGUGCUAUGUUUAAUGGGAAAACUCAAAUUGUACGGGAGGUGUUUUUGAAAGUGAUAUUGGGAAGGUCGAGCAAUACAAACCUCUAGAAAAACAAAAGAGCAAAAAAAUCAAACACAUCCAUCCUUUUGGCUUUUUUUGUGGAAAGCAUAGUCCUUUUGAAAAGACUUGCCAACCGUUUGUUUCCUCUCCCCUAUGUUCUGUGGGUUUUGCCGCAUUGUAAACCCGCGUUCCCGAUCAUUCGUGAGAAUAAUCUAUAAGUUUACUUUCCAGAAUUGGGUAAAAGAUUAAGCCUGAAAUGGUUUUCACAUGUCGGAACAGUUCUUUAACCCAGUAUGGUUUCUGUACCGAACCAUAGCAAAUUUUUGGAUUUCCAGAAAUUUUCAAAACUGAAACAAUUGAAUUCAUAAUUAUAACAAAAAUAAUUUUGAGUUUUUUCAAUUAACAUUUCAUCAUCUCAACACAAGUUUUAGAUUUGGCCUUAUGAUCUAGAUUCUUUUGGGAUGAUUAUAGUGACCAAACCAGGUAAACUGGAUUGUAUAAAAUGAGUAUUUUACUCUAGUAUGGAGCAUAAAUUGUAAUACCACUUGGUAUUCACCUGUCUUUGUAGCACUGAAGGGGGAGCUAAAGCCUCCUAUUUAGGUUUGCCCUCAAUCCACUUAGUUCAGUUUGGACGUAGAGUUGGUUCUUAUUCUUCCUCAAAUCCAUCCACCAUUUUCUUAAGUGAUGGAAAUGUGGUGGUGGUAAUGGCUAGGAAGAGUUUUGAAGCUGAGCACUUUGGAAAGUACUUAUUCUUCAUAAAAACGUAGGCUAAUUCAUUGACUUGGAGGCAACUGACAAGGGAUGAAUAAUAAUAAUAAUAAUAAUAAUAAAAUUUAAAAAGUUGGGUGUUAUUGUGAUAUUCAUUAAAAAAACACAUAGAAUCUCUUUCUUCCAAGUCGAUGGCAUCCUGACCAAACCUUUCAACAUUAGAGCCACUAUUGUAAAUGGAUGUGUUUGGUUAAUUUGUACAUUUCCCAUUUCUCCAUAUCAAAAACAAAUUGAAUUCCCAACAUCCUCUUGUGACUCUGCCAUCAUGUUUUCAGAGGCCAAUUACAUAAUAGGGGGCUGCUUCUAUGUAUAUAUUCUGAUUGUUUCAUUUUGUUGUUCUGUUUAGCACAUUUGUACUUGAAUUUUUAUUUUUUAUUUUUGAUGACCUCAUGGUUAGUGAUGCCUAAUUUGAGGCAUUUUUGUUUCUUUUUGACGCAUUGUAUGAGAAAUGUGCCAAAUUGAGAGAGGGCAGGAUGGCAGUGUGUCAUUUUUCUUUGAACUGUUUUUGUUUUGUACCAAAUAUGGUAUUAAAUCUAGGGUUGACUUGGCCCUUUUGCAUUACACUUGGGCUUUUUUUUAUUUUUUUUUAUUCAUGAAAGCUACCUCUUAACCCGUCACCGAAAGAGAUACCUACAACACAUUUUAAAACAAAUGCUUUAUAGGGCCCUCUGACAGUGAAUGGGUUAAUUAUGUUAUGUUAAUUUUUUUUUUCUAUGCCGUUCCAUGUUAAUAUUAUUUUACGCUUAAUGAAAUUGUUAUAUUCAUCUCAUAUUUUCGUGGCUAUUUUGUUUUUGUUUUAAGAUUUAAGCUGCAUUUAUAUAAAAAUAAGAGGUGUAGGGGAUUAUUUUGUAGGUAGCCUUACUUGGAAAAUGGGGAAUAACAGAGGAAAAAUAUAAUGACCUUUACGACAAAGGGGCCAACUCUUUUUGACUCCUUGGUUGUAUAAAGGGGCUAGGAUACUGCUGUUGUCUUCUGCCAUUUUAUCUUUAAAAGUUGUUUUUGGAGGGUUAAAAUGGCUCCCCGUGUUAGAGAUGUUUUAUUGUAGCUCUCAGAAGUAGGGAGAGGGGGACUGAAGGAUCCGUGGUUUAAACUUGAAUUUGUGAAUAGAAGUUUAGAUGUUUUUUUUUUUUUUGUUUGUUUUUUUAUAAUCAUAAUGUGAAGGUGAUGAAAGUAUUAACUCUGUUGGCAGAUAUAAAUUUAUAUUUUUCACUGUAUGUAUCAGUGCUGAUUCGUGUUUAAAAGAUGUUAGCCGGCCAAAAUCUUCAAGGCAGAAAUGUAAAGUGUUUUAUGGUUUUCCUCACCAGACACGGGGAAAAGGGAUUAUAAAAAGUUGUUCCACAAAGACGAGCUUUUUUUUUUUUUUUUUUCCUAUCUCCUCCCUAAGCGGUAUGCUCGGAAUUUUCUCCUCCUCUUCCUCAGAACUUCACAAAAACAUGGAAUAUUGUUAGGGGAAGGGCAAAUAUACACAGAGUUGUGAUAUUUUUGUAAUAUUUGUUAGUCUUUUUGUCAGUUUUGGGUCUACAUAUUCUGUAUAUCUAUAUAUAUUUUUUUGUAAUGUGAAUCAGACUCUGUGCGUAUGUUUGUAUACACGCAUGGUCAAGCCGUACCCUGCGUGUUAAAUUGUGUUAAGUCAUACAGUAUUGUGCAUAUUCAGAGACUCUGCUUCUAGCUGGCAUUGAAAUGUAACCAUACAGUUUUCCAUACUGAACCCUGACAAAUACUUAUCUUAGCUGACAUUUGAAAACUUUUUUUUUUUUUUUUUUUUUUUUUUUUUCCUCCUUGUGACCAUGUUCCCACAAUCUGGAUGUGGCACAUUCCUGUUUUGCCCUUUUUCUAAAAUCUGGAACCAGAUGUAAUAAGGUGUAAUGGAAUAUAUUUCUCUUCCCAAAGUUUUAAAGAAGACCAUGAUGCAAUUUUUGGCAAACCCCCCCCCCCCCCCGAAAAGUGUUGAUGUGUCUAUAUACAAGAUGUUUCUUUCCUUACCUUUCCUCUUUGCUUGAGAUAUCUUGAGAUUUGAGGCUUGAGAUGAACAAUUUUGAGCGAAAAUUUUUUUUUUGCCUGAUAGUCCUCUCUUCAUGAGCCGGUAGUCGGGACAGUUAUUGGGAAGUGGCGUUCGAUCACCCAGUGAACAAGGAAAGGCCUGUUCUUCAGAUGAAAGAAUCAUUGAUGCGGACACCAAAAUCAUAAUUUCUGGGCAGCAGGUCGCUGUGUAAGCAGCAGUAUGCUGCCCAGAAACACUGAAUCUGUAUAGAGACGAAUGAUCGCAGCAGCCAUCACUCAUCUCCAUACAGUACAGGUGAUUGGUACAUGUAAAUGCAGCUCUCACCUCUGCUCAUGAUCAGACAGUUAUUGGGGACUAGCAGUUUGUUCCCAAUAAUUUCCUGGACAGUUGGCCUGUGUAAAGGGGCCUCUACUGAAAUGUGUUUUUUUGUUUUUGUUUUUCAAAGCUGGUCAAUGCAGACCAUUAGGGCUCCUGCACAUACGGUUUCGGUCUGCAUCCGAGCCUCAUUUAUUUUUUAUUUUUUUGAGGAUUGAAUCAGCCCAUCCUGUGUGUUGUCCGUUCUGCGGCCCCAGAAAAGAAAAGUAGAGCAGGUCAGUGUUGUCUGUCAAAAAUAGGACUUUUCUCCAGAUGUGGAAGAAAAAAAAAGGCGGCAUGCUCACAGCCAGGAUCUAUAUUUUGCAAAACUCUUAUGGCCCUGCUCAUGAGGCCUUAGUCUUAGAAUAUCAUGAGUAAAGAAGAAAGCUAAGGAAGGACACAUCUAUAUUUUUCUAUAGUCUCCUUUUUUGGAGACUUCAAUGUACAUGGGUCUUUAAAAAGAUUUGUUAAAAAAUAAUACAAAAUAAUUGCAACAAUAUUGACAAAACUGAGUGGAUGAAAACAAUGAAAAAAUAAAACUUUUAUAUCGAUAUAAUUUCGCAUGUUUUAUGUGUGGGCACUCUUCAAGAAAGGGAGUCUGUCAACAUGAAACACUUAAAGCAAAGAUAAUGACUGGUAUGGCUUGCAGAGUGUAAUACAAUGGUACCUUUCUUUUUUCCGUGUGUUGCUGCAUUUCUGAUUGAAAUGCUUUUCAUCUAAUAUGUAAAUGAGCUGGUAAGUGCAAGGAGGAUGGACCCGAGUCACUUGAAGCACCCUAGCUCUACUGCUGUUCCCUUCAAGCCACUCCCUGUUAUAAAUGAUUGACAAGAUCACAAGUCUGAAGCCUGCACGCUGCAGUAUAAUCUUGAGCGGUACCGUUCCUUUCUCCCAGCUAGGAACAAAGUGCUGUUCUACAUGACUCAGGUGUGAGAUUACAGGGCAGGGCAAGAGGAGACUUCAGACCAGAGAAUGGAGUCGCUUGAAGAGAACAGCAUCUGAGAGCUAGGGUGCACCAAGAUGCUGGAGCCCACCCUCGGUGCACGUAACAGAUCAUUUACAGAUUUGUUCAAAAGUGUUAAGUGUUCAUUUUUUAUAAUACUCUGCAAGCCAUACCAGCCAUUAUCUUUUGGUUUAAUUGCAUAUCCAUUUGGUUGUGUUUGUGCCAUGUUUUUUGUUUUUAAAUGCCAGCUAUAUUGUCAGAGAAGGCUUCUUUAAUUCUUUGUGCCUAAACUUUUUUUUUUUUUAUAUGAAAAAUAGAGAAAAAUCGGUAAAAAAAAUUUGCAGGAAAACUGAGUCCAGCUACCAAACGUGUAUUAAUUUAAAGAGAAAAGAAUAUCUGCUGCAGUUUAUCACAAUUGUUCUGACUGUACGAGAGCAGCGUGUUUUGGAUAGAGGAUCAGGAGUGGCUGUACUACAAAUUCAUUCCGAAGCUGUAAUGUUUUGCAGUCUCCCUUUUUUUUUUUUUUUUUUUUAUUUUUAUUUAUUUUUAUU